CUGGUCACUAGAAGCCAAAAUUUAGCCAAGGCCAAGUCUGCGCUGACGAAGUCGGCGAAGUGCUGUGUUGUUUACUUCAGCACUCGUUAUUUCACUAAGGGAGCGCUCAUCCGCAUUUGCUGGAUCCGAGGAAAGCAGCGCAUGAAAUGCUAAAACAAUCGUCUAACAACGGAGUAUGUCUGUGUCGCUCGUGAUUCUCAAGUUAGAAGUGGCCUGCGACUUCCCGAUUUUACCUCACAUUAACUACGUAUCUGCGAGAGCUCGAAGGCUCGACUACUGCGCUGCAGCACCUUUCCGAGGAGGAGAGUGGCACUCAAGCAAGUUGGAAGAAAUCAGGAAGGAGAGUCGUGGUUGCCGUAAGCCUCACGACAUUGUGAUCGAAACAGUUGUUGUGGAACCUGAUGACAUGGCCUCCAAGCAAGCCGCACGAUGUCAGGGAGAGGAGGCGUCGGCGGGCGAUCGCGCAUGUUCAGAGUUGGCCAAGGAAGGCGAUGUCAAACAGUAUAAAGAUGCUCUAGGCAACUUGGAUUCUGUAACAGGGUGCGCUACAGAGAGGCCCAAGCCACCCGCACUCAGCCCGAUUCCUUUCUUCAGUGGCAACCACAAUGUUGAAGUCACGAAGGGUAUACUGCACCUUUUCAAAGAGAACCAACAGACCCCGUUGGGUGAGGCUGAGCGCAGUGAAAUGCUGUGUAUGUUGGCUGUUCCUGCACUAAUGACUCUUCACGACUUGUUGCAGUUUAUCGCACCCGUCAGUGCGCACGUCGAAAAUAUUCGCGUCAUCCGCGAUUCUAAACCAAAUCUCUACAUGGUGCUGCUCAAAUUCCGUGAGCAAAAGUGGGCCGACGACUUUUACCAGAGCUUCAAUGGUGAGCGGUUCAACUCUAUCGAACCGGAGGUGUGUCACCUGGCGUACGUCUCUCAGGUGGAGAUGGUAAAAGAAGGAGAAGGAGACGCAGUGCCAGGGCACACCGAGCUCCCAACGUGUCCCGUGUGCCUAGAACGCAUGGACGAGUCCGUCGAAGGAAUCUUGACCAUCCUCUGCAACCACACUUUUCAUGACGGCUGUUUGGCUAAGUGGGGCGACUCGAGCUGCCCAGUGUGCCGAUACUGCCAGACGCCGGAACUGGUGCCGGACAAUCGCUGCUUUAGUUGCGGCUCGCAGGACAAUCUCUGGAUUUGUCUCAUCUGUGGCCACAUAGGCUGUGGACGUUAUGUCGAAGCACACGCGUACAACCAUUAUGCACGCACGGACCACACUUUCGCAAUGCAACUUGGCAACAACAGUGUCUGGGAUUAUGCUGGUGACAACUAUGUCCAUCGCCUUGUACAGAACAAGACUGAUGGGAAGCUAGUGGAACUUGAAACUUCUCGCGCCGACAGUGAUGAGAAGCUUGACUCUGUGCAGCUGGAGUAUACAUACCUUCUUACGAGUCAGCUGGAGAAGCAGCGGCGGUACUUUGAAGACUGCAUGGACAUGCUUCAGAAAGACAACAAUCGGCAGAUAAAUGAGCUGAAAGAAAAGACUCAGAUUGCUGUCGAAGAGCGUAAAGAUCUGGAGCGAAAGCUUGGGCAGGUCACCAAAGACCGAGAAGCGAUGCGUCGCAAGUCUGAGCAGUUGGCACAGCAGCUGAGCAAAGCAAAAGGCGAGCUUCAGGAAGAGAAAGAAAUGAACAAGUGCCUACGGGAGAACCAGGUCGUGUGGCAGUCAAGACUCAAAGAUGUUGAAACUAAAUUGCAGGAGCUUCAAGAUAACAAGGACAAAGAAAUCCAGGAUUUACAGGAGCAGAUGCGGGAUUUGAUGUUCUACCUUGAUGCAAAGGAAAAGAUCAGUUCAAGCUCAACUGAGGUGCAACAAGAAAUGCAAGAGGGUACAAUUAUUGUUGGAGCACCAGGGCCUUCUGGUACACCAACACAAAAGCAUCGCAGACGAAGAAAUCGCUGAUUCGUUGCAAUGAAUGAGGGUGCCUAUUUAUUAAUCUCAACUUAACAUGCAAGCUGUGCUAUUUCUAAAUGCAUGCCUUGCCUGUUCUGUGCCUGUUAGAUAGAUUUAGAGACAAGGCUUUCAUAAGUGUCAGGCUUAUGGCUAUUGCAGGGUGACUUCAAGAAUCCUUGCUCUUCAGCUGCUGCUGUAUCAUGUGGGUAUAUAUAUUAAAAGCUUUAGACAUUUUGAUAUGCAUUCUGGAAAGUUGCCAUGUUGAGGUAGAUGUACACUUGCAAGUUAAGGUAUAAGGCUAAGUUGAAAACGCAGAUUUUUUCUCAAAAUGACGUUUUACAGUUCUUGGUUAUAUUAAAUGCCCAAUUUAUUGCUCGCCAUUUUGAUGCAUAAACCUUCCGUCUACGCUGCUUCUUUCCAAAAAUACAAGCAAAAUUUUCGGCCACCCAUCUCCAAUGAAACCGAAAGUGCCAAAUUUGUGUCAUUCAUAGUAUAAGCUUGAUAUGUAGUAUUUUGUUGGUUAUUCAGCACUCAUAAAAAACAAACAUGCGAAAAUGCUCUAAAAGCACUGUCAACACAUCAUUUUUAAUCAUAAAAGUCAUGUCAUGCAGUCAUAAAAGUGACUGUGUGACAACAAUACCAGUCAAGCUACACACUUGUAGCUGGUGCACAUGUAUUUUUUUCACACAUUUGAUAUGGCAAGGAGCCACUGAACAGUAAAUUUGAGAGCUCAAACUCGGUUGUAUUGCUAGCUGUCAAUUUCAAAAUGGUAUCAUUUAUGGUACGAGUGCUCGCUCUGGGUUAAGUGUGUAUGCAUGCCAUGCUGGCACCAAUAAAGGCUGCAGAAAGGUUUUCAUACACGUCAUACAUAAAUUCAAGAGCCCAUGACAGCAGCUUGUUCAUUUAACCAGACAUGUCCAGAACCUUUUAACAGCGGAGCUGUUUAUGGUUACGGUUGUUCUCCCUAGGGUGUUCGCAUUUCCUAGGGAGCGUAUACACCACAGAUAUAAGAGAAGCCCCACUGCAUGUUAACACCUCCAGCUGUUCCACUAAAAUGGAGUGCGUGUGCUAAUUCCCUGGAGAGAGAGAGAGAGAAAAGAACAGAGAAAGGGCAACAAGAAGGAAAUAGCCCAAAGGAAAGUAUACAGAGCACAACGCAAAAUAUCGCUUCAGAAUUUAUUGCAACAACAAACAUAUAAGUGGUUAGAUGAACACGUGAUGAUAUAGAUGGUGCGCUUCCCGGAAAGCUAACUCAGUGGCAAGUAAUGUGACAUAGUUUCACAACACAUGCAGCAUCUGCUCUGUUGAUAACAUAGGUUUCUUCGAAUUCACGCGCCACCCUAUCUUUGAAUUUAGAUUUUGUUGUCAUAUCACUGAGAGGUAGUGCGCAGCUGUAUUCACAAUAAUGCAGAUAAAGAUUAUAACACGAUUGUAUCUUUAGCGAAGCUUUGCAAUUUAUUAGCCUAUUAUUGACACAACACUCGGUUUGGAAAAGUCUGUAUGUUCAGUGCACUGGCUGUUCUGUCACUCUCUCCUCGUUGGUGCCGUGGGGAUCAUAUGAAAAAAGCAUCUAAUAAAAAAUGUUGCCGCUUUUGACUGCAA